CUUAGCAAAAGAAAAAAAUAUGCAACUACCCAGAUAAAUAUUUGUGUGGAAAAUCGUUUGUUUAAUUCAGAGUCAAUGACAGUCAGUACACCAUCCCGAAAAAUUAAAAAAUGUCUUGGUACUUUUAAUGAUUCAAUUUCACCUUUACCCAGUACCUCAAGUGAUCCAAGAUAUAAAAACUUGGAACUCAAUGUUCCACAGUUGUCUUCAUUAUCGCCAAAUUUAUUUGAACAUAUUGAUCUUGAUAUUAAUCAGUUACCCUUUGAGAUUGAACCAGGUUCAGAAAACAAUGAUAAUACAUCAGAUUUCAUUUCAGGAACAAAAGUUAACGGUUUGCAAAAUAAUUUUAAUAAUGAUGGACUAUUUAACAGUCACGCAUCCAAAAUAUGGUUAGUUAAAUCUAUUACCCAACUUAAAAGUGACAUUUCAAUUAUAAAGAAGUCUGUAAAUGCUAAUAACCUACUUCUAAAACAACUUCUUUUGGAUAAUCAUCUAGAAAAUGAUUUAGAACUUGAUAAACUCAUUUUACAAUUUCCUAUUGGGAACAAAACUAGCUUAUUUGAAAUCAAAGAAAAGCAGACUGCUGACAAUAUUGCAAAUAAAUAUUUGGUUAAAAAAAUGUCAUAACUAAUAUCAAGUGACUACAGACAAAGCAUUUUUAGUCUUAUGAGAUUUCUAUUAACGAAUGAACUGGCAACAAAAAUGACGUUUUUUGGGAACACUUCUAAACUAGCAUUUUGCUUCAUUAAAAUUAUAUGCAAUUUUUGAAAAAGUUGUGUUAAAAAAUAAUCCAGAAGUUACAAUAAAAAUAAUACAAGAACCAAUACAAAGCUGGUUACGGCAUGCAAAUGAGAGAUGAAAGAUUUACUAAACAAAAUCAGCAAAAUGUUGCAAUAGAAUGCAGGCGCGGAUACAAGGGCUAUGGGGGCUGAAGCCCCCCUUAGACUAAAACUUUGGUACUUAAGAUAUUUCAAAAAAUAAGAAAGACUUAGUACAAAAAUAAGAACAUUUUUUUGUUUAGACCCCCCCCCCCCUUUUUUCAUUUCUAGA